AUGAAUUUGAAUUCUCAACCUUCUUAAAUUAGAUACCAAAAUGUAAGAUUAAAAUAAAGUACUGCGGCAUUUUUUGAAUAUUUCGCUGUAUAUAAAUCGAACAAGAGAGAAGUAAGAUUAAAAAUACAGAAUUCUACCAAUUUGAAUGUGUUGCAAUAGGAAACUGCUAAAUUGAUACAAGUGUAAGAUAUUGAAGGCAUACCAGAGGUGAUAGAUUAUGGUAAUAAUAAUGAUUAAAGAUUUUUUUUGGCUACCUAAAGUCUUGGCCCAUCUUUAAGUUCGAUUAUUAAGGCAAACAUAUAGAUGUCAUUAAAAAACAUUUUAUUGAUCGGCCUCUAAUUGAUUAAACUAAUUUAGAAAAUUCACAAUAAGAAUUUUAUUUUGUGUAAUCUUACACCAAGCAACUUAUGUUUUGGAUCAGAUACUGAAGAUAAAUUAAUAUAUUUGAAAGACCUAUCAUUCUUAUAACCCAAAGAUGAAGUGUGUGAAAUUUAAAAAUUUCCAUUUAGAGAAAUGAAUUUUCUUAGUCCAUUUUUUAAAAUAGAUAAAGGCCCAAGCUACAAUGAUGAUCUAUAUAGUUUGGCAUACUUAUUACUAUAUCUAUUGAAUGGAACUCUACCUUGGCAGUAAUUUGAUAAUAUAUUUAAUAAACAAUAAUUUGAAGAAUUGUAAAUCCACAAAAUAAAAGUAAUAAACGAUCAAUCUUUUUUGAAUUCAUAGCCAUCGAUUUUUGCUGAAUGGUUUAAAUAUUUAAACACUUAAAAAAAUAUUUUAAUUUCUAAAAUUUAUGAAAAUGGAUGGAAACCUAAUGAAUAAAUUUUAUAUAAGUCUGAUAUUAUGAAAAAUAGCUCGACAUCUAUUGUGUCUAUAAAAAGCAGAAGUCGAGGAACAUCUAUAACAAAAACUCCUAAUCCAAAAAUGAUUGAUAUAUUGAGUCCAAUUUUCGAAGUUGAUAAAGAAUUUGAGUUAGCUCAGUCGGUUUAAAAACAAAAGGAUGAGUUUAAUUACUUUUAAUAAUUGUAAAAUUUAUAAAAAUCAAUGGAAGAUUAAUAACUGAUUGAAAAUAAUAUCAGUUUUACUUCUAUAGAAUAAAAUGAAAGUGAAUUGUGGAAAAAAAUGGAGAAAUUGGAUAAAAUAUCAAAUCCAAUAAAAAUGAUGAAUAAAUUUGGAAAAACUUGA